AUGGCCUCUCACUGGAUGUUUGUGGGUGUCUCCAUCUUCCUCUCCGUCCUCACUGUGGCUGCCUCCGAGGACUGGGCCUUUGACAAUGCUCCGGGAAUAGCUAUGGAAUACAAGGUCCAUAUUGAUGCUGGGAAAGAGGACUGUUACUACCAAUAUGUGCACCCUUCAGCCACCAUCUACGUGAACAUGCAGGUCCUGAAAGGAGGUGAUGGGAUGGCUGGCAUGGCAAUACGCAAUCCAAAAGGAGAGAUUGUCCACCCCUACUCAUGGAAGCAGUCAUCAGAGUAUGAGGAGGUGUCUCAAACUGGUGGCUACUAUGCUGUGUGCAUUGAUAAUCAGUUUUCUCGUUUUGCUGCCAAACUCAUCAACUUGUACAUAACAACAUUCAGGUAUGACUUAUGGGAAAAGUAUACACAGGAAUUGGAAGACCUAGACAUCAGCGUCACAAACUUCACUCACUCAAUAAAAGGCGUCGAUGAACACAUACACAAUAUUCUUCUCUUCCAAAGUCAAGCAAGAGCCAAGGAAUCCCGAGACUUUCAGUUACUUAUCAGCAACAACAAUUACGUCUUAUAUUGGUCGGUACUCCAGUGUAUUGCCAUUAUGGCAACAGGUGCCUUACAAGUAUACUUUGUGAGAAAGCUGUUUAGCACAGAUAUGGAUGCAAAAUCUGGUAGAAGGGCUUAGCAUGCACAUUAUCAUGAAUAUGUAAAUGCUUCAUUAUUGAAACAAAUAUCACAAUUCUCUUUUUUAUAGAGGCAUUGAUUAAAUUUUCAACCUUUUUGGUCACAAAUUUUUAGCUAAUGUAGAAUAAUUUUUGACUGCAUAUUUUUAUAUACAUAUAUUUGAUUAAUAUAUAUGCUUUCAUGCUUUUAUGAAACGAAAGUGUUCGUCUUAGUACUUAUGAAACAGCUUCCAGUGUGAAACUUAUCUGUGAUGCUAUGGUACUUGAAUCUCUCCAUUCCAUUUUUAUAUGAAUCUACAUACAUUUAUUUUCAUAAAUGAGACCUGCAUAUAAGAACCCCUAAGUGAAUGAGCCAUGGUAAUGAAUGAUUGAGGUUUUUUUUGUAACUGGUCGGUUUAUUUUUAUUCAGGUGCAUUUUACGUUUAUUGUAUUGUUAAUUGUAUUAGCAUAGACAAUCCUCAUUUUUAUCUGGGUGAAGUUUGUUUUUUAUUUGCAUUGUCAUGCAAAUUUGAUUGCUUAGUGCAAAGCAGAAGCAGUCAAUGUAUUUGUAAUUUCUUUUUGUGCUUAUUUUUAACCAUGACCAAGAAAAUGGUAUAAUACAUGUACAGCAUUUCCUAUCUUUUCAGAUAAAGAAGGUAUUAAAUAUUAUAUUACCAAAUCUGAAACUUAUUUAUUUUCUACUUAAUUGUGUAAUGGUCUACAAGGUGCAUAAUGUCAAAUAAACCAUAAAGCCAG